UUUUAAUAAAUCAGGCCAUAUGGAAACCAGCCCACGUAAGAGAUAAAUCACGACCAAAAACGUGUAUGUUGGGCCGUCUGUGUUGUCAAACGAGUUUGCGUAUGCCAGGUUUGUUCGACUUGAGAGGUGGUUGAGGUCAUAUUUUUUGGACGAAGCCCCCCGCCCAUCUUUGUGCGGCGCCCGCGGUGCGGUUCGGUUCGAUUCGACCACGCCCGGCCCCGCCGAGUGCAGCUAAUAGCUCCAUCCGGGCACUUUGCUUGCUUGACAACCCGACGAAGAUGGCGGCCACGGGGAGGAGUGCAUUAUUAUCCUCCACCUUAACCGGAUCCAAAACCACACUGGAGAACCAGGAGGAGGAUGACGGGCAGAAUUUAUGGUCGACUAUCUUGAGCGAAGUGUCGACCCAUUCGAGAUCAAAGCUACCAUCUGGGAAAAAUGUGCUGGUUAUGGGGGAAGUCGGCUCAGGGAAGACCACCUUGGUUGCCAAGUUGCAAGGAGUUGAAGAGUACAUGAAAGGCCGAGGGCUAGAAUACCUUUAUAUCAGCGUCCAUGACGACGACAUCGACGACCACACUAGGUGUAAUGCCUGGGUUUUAGACGGCGACCUUUACCACAAAGGUCUACAAGGAAUCGCCAUACCGGUCGAUGCGAUCGGCAACACGUUACUGCUGAUAACGGUCGACAUGUCUCGACCGUGGAAUGCGCUGGACUCGCUCCAAAAAUGGGCCGCGGUGGCCAGGGAACACAUCGACAAAUUGCGGGUUCCUCCGGAAACACUGCGGGAGCUCGAACAUAGACUGGUGAAACAGUUUCAGGAAUAUACGGAGCCCGGUAGCGGGGAUGACGGGACUCCGCAAAGGAGAAAUGAGGAGGAAGAGAGUGUGCUGCUGCCUUUAGGGGACAACACACUCACGCACAAUUUGGGAAUACCAAUGGUAGUGGUGUGUACUAAGUGUGAUGCCAUCAGCACUUUGGAGAAAGAGCACGACUACAGAGACGAACACCUGGAUUUUAUUCAGUCCCACAUCCGACAGUUUUGUCUACAAUAUGGAGCGUCGCUUAUUUACACAUCGGUGAAGGAGAUGAAGAACCUUGAUGUGCUCUAUAAAUAUCUGGUCCACAGACUUUACGGCUUUCCGUUUCAUUGCCCGGCGCAAGUGGUGGAAAGAGAUGCAGUCUUUAUUCCUUCAGGUUGGGACAACGAAAAGAAGAUUGCGAUACUUCAUGAAAACUUCCAGACAAUAAAGACAGACGACGGGUUCGAGGAUGUCAUUGUCAAACCGCCGGUCAGAAAGAUUGUCCAUGAAAAGGAGAUCCAGGCUGAAGAUGAUCAAGUUUUUCUGGUAAAAUUGCAGUCUUUGCUUGCCAAGCAACCUGCUGUUAGUGUUGGGCGACCAGUGGACACGACAUCCAGAGCGCCCACCGGUUCGCCACGGACGAGCAACCGUUCUGCGGCUGCUAACGUCGCUAACGCCAUGCCACAAUCGGGUCAAACCAGUGAGGGCGUCUUGGCCAACUUCUUUAACAGUCUACUGAUCAAAAAACCUGGAACUGCAGGAGCAGGACCGGCGGCAGGUGGCAACAACACUCCCGGAACGGUCCGCAAAUCGGGCUCCAAACUGGGCCUGAGCGACGUCCAGGCGGAGCUGGACCGCAUCUCCAACCGAGAGUCAGACUUGGACUUGCCCAACGCCAACGAGACCCCCGCCACCGACGGCCAAAACACAUGAAAACGCACACUGCUCCAUUUCAUUCCCUUUCAAUCACCGUUAGGCUUCUUUUGCCCUCCCUCCCUCCGAGGGAAAAAAGGGAAGAAGGGGAAAAGAAAAGUUGGACACCUUGUUUUUUUUCCUGUUAUCUUUCACCCUCCACACAAAGACUUGUUUUCUUUCUUCAUACCCUUUUUCCAAAAUCUGGAUGUGUCACUGUAAAUGCAAGAACGGCUACUUGGGUAUGAGUGGACCAACGUGGGGGUGUAGACUGGAAGGAUAUUUAAAAAAUAUGAAGAAUGGUAGUGAAGGUGGUGAACCAUCCAUAAAUUGGGAUGGUUCUCUUAGUGUUUUUAAAUGGUAGAAACUGCACUUAGAUUAUACGCUGAUUUGACCAGUGGUUUAAAACUCAUUGGCUGCCAUUGACUGCAACAGACCUGUAACUUAAGCCUCUUACAUUACUGUAAUUGAGGAAACACAAACAACAUUCCUACUAUUCAAAAGGGUUAUUUCGCUGCCAUUGAUGACGAUACUCGCUGCCAUAGCUCCCAGUCAAAAAUGGAUUGGACAUCUAUCGUCAUCAACGGCAGCUAACGUGUUACUUUAGUCCAAGGGCGUAGGUUUGGUCUCAAUAAUGGUAGGGACGAUAUAAUAGCAUAAGCUGCAUGUACACUUUUUGCUGGGGACAGGACAUUAAUAAGACCAAACAGAUUGGGUGAACGGUGGUCAGGGCUACAUUUCUCUCCAAUAAGAACCUAAUUAAUUGAUAGGCUAAAUGAUUAAUGCAAAAUAAACAAGUAUUGACUUGUACUAACUUUCAAACUGCAAAUUUUACUGUAUAAUGUCAAUCUGAUCAUUUUUCUUAAGUCUAGUCGAAUAAUUUUUUUCAUUUUGUUUUGAGUUUUAAAGGCUAGUUAACAGAUAAAUGCAUCAGAUUCUUCCACUUACUUUUAGUAUAUAUUACCAUUUGUUCUUAUUAGGCCCAAACAUCUAAAAGUCGGUCAUUUUUCACCUAAAUCAAGAAAAAAUGGUGGUCAAGUCAUCAGCCAAUCAAACGUGUGUUUGGGGAAAAAUAGCAGCUUCGUAUUCAAGUUUUCCAGGUUAGCAAGUUCACACAGUUUAAUGUUAUGCUAACUCUAAUAAAGGUCAGACUUUCAGUAGCAAAAUUAGAGGUGUGUUUCCCACCUACACAACAUUGGUAUCUUUUAAAAUUACUUACAGUGGCUGCUGCUGGUCAAAAAAAAAAAAAUCCCUCCUCUUCGAAGGAAGCAUGUUGUUGACAUGUGUUUCUGUCGGGGCUGUGUGGGUGUGGGUGUCGGGGGUGGGUCAAGUCAUCAGCCAAUCAAACGUGCGUUCGGGGGGGGUGGUCUGGCACAUUCAGCAAGUGAAAAAGAGGCAGAUAAAGUCUGAACAUAAUGAAAGUAACUAAUUUGAUAAUGGUAUGGUCAGUUCGUUACAACAUAUGGGAAGACAAUCUAAAUGACCAAUAUAACUGAACACAUUAUAUAAUGCAAAUAAAGUUGCUUAAAAGUUGGUAGGGACAAUUUGAGCAUUCUGUAAAGUUGGUAGUGUUUUGUCCCUACCAUCCCUAUGCAAACCUACGCCCUUGCUUUAGUCAUCCCUAACAUGUAAAAUGUGUCAAAAACAUUGCCCGUGACAGAUGAAUCAAUGGCAGUGAAUGAGUUGAAAAAUGGAAGCUAUUGGGAACAAAAAAAUGACUGAAAUUGUUGUUUUUUUUUUUUUAAGAAGGGACAAACGUGUGCGUGUGAAUGUGUGUACGUAUCUGAGCGUGAAACAAAAUGAAGGCCGUAAGUGCGACUGACUUGUGCGAAGGAGUUCUAUUUACAAACCAAAACAUGACUAUGCCCUACACUACAUUUUUUUAAAUAGACUACACUUCAAACACAACAUAGACAAAAAAAUAGACGUAAGCUAGCAUGACGCAUAUUUUGUUUGACAUUCAACCAAACUCUCCACAGGAACUGUAAAUGGUUGAGCUUUACCUGUACAGAAUGAUGCACCUGUGACUUCAUAGGCAAGGUGUGGUGUCCAAGCACAGUCGGGUCACAUCGAGAAUGUAGUGCCAUCGUCUAGCUGAUCGGUCCUGUUAUUUCAGAGCUCUGUGUUGGCGUUUGUAUAAUCAGAUCUGUUAAGCAGUCAAAUAAAAGGUAUUUAUUCGGAUUCA